UCUCUCGCUGAGGAGGGAAGAUAAACGUCAUGUCACAGGCUGAGCCGGCGGAGGAUUAUGGCCAAUAUCCCCCAUGUGUCACUUCCUCUUCCCGGGGACUGAAGCGACGUUUAAUGACAGUUAACUGAAAAGGGCAGGCGACGAGGAAGCCCAAACUGGUGGAUGACAUGCCUUCCUCUUUUAAUAACUUGUCAGCUGCCCUGUCGGCCGUGAAAUAGCAAAUGGUUAUGAGAUGUGCCAGCAAUCAAACCGGGGAGCAGGGAGAGGAGGAGAAACUUCGGCAACAGAGAAUCGACCUAACCAGAAAAGUCUUUGUCUUCCGCACGGAGCCUAGCGAGGCCUACAUCAUCCUCAAGUCUCUGCCCAAGGAGCCGCUGCAGAACCUCACCAUCUGCCUGAGGUCCUACACAGACUUGACUCGGCCCUAUGGCCUCUUCUCCUAUGCCACUGAGUCUGAGGACAAUGAAAUCCUGAUCUUCAAGCCCAAGCGGGGAGAAUACCGGGUGUACAUCGGUGGAGAGUACCUGUCCUUCAAAGUCCCAGAGGACACCCUAGACUGGGAGCACGUCUGUUUCGGGUGGGAAUCGGCCACCGGCAUCGCUGAGUUUUGGAUGAAUGGCAAGCCUUGGCCACGCAAAGGCUUGAAGAAAGGCUACAUGGUUGGCUCCGGGGCCUUCAUCCUGCUGGGCCAAGAGCAAGACGGCUUUGGGGGCACCUAUGACUCCUACAACUCCUUCUCUGGAGAACUGACGGACGUCUACAUGUGGGAUUUCCUCCUGUCUCCUCACAAGAUGAGGGCAGCCUACCAGGAUCUGCAGCUGCCCCGAUGCGCUCUGGGCUGGAAGAACCUGCACUAUGAAAUCAAGGGAGACGUGGUGGUGAAGGGCAGGCUGAGGUAAAGGAAACGAGGGAAAUCCAGCCUCCCAAGCAGAGUAAUCAGCCUUUUCUGUCCCAAAUUCUAACCCACCUGGCCACUGAGGUGUUGUGUGGCACACUGAGCAUUUUGGAAAACAAAAACAAAAAACAAGCCGUGAACUUCCACUCAUCCACUUGGUUUAUUGCAGCUUCCCCCCUCCUGGUCGCCUGGAAGCACAUCUCGCUCACCAAAGGCAACCAGGCAAGCAUGUGUUUACGAAUCUGCUCUUGGUGCCUUCCACAUGAUGAUUUGUCGGAUGACGUUUUGCCGCUGAGGUGUUCAGCUGCUGCUUUGCUGGGUCUCUUCUCUGGAUUUGGUGUGGUUCUAAUUGCAAUGUUCUCUCCCACCUCCUUUCCGAUAUGUUUUCAUUUAAUAAACCAAUAUAAAAUGAGA